AUGGAUUCUGAAAAUCAAACUUCUGUGAUUGAGUUUUUUUUCAUGGGAUUGACCAAUCAUUUCCAGCACCAGGUUGUUCUCUUCCUGAUGUUUCUUGCCUUUUAUCUUGUCACUCUUCUGGGAAAUCUGGGAAUGAUCACUGUCAUUUGGAAGGACUCACGACUCCACACCCCUAUGUAUUUUUUUCUCAGCCACUUGUCUUUUGUGGAUGUCUGCUCGGCUUCUGUGAUUGGUCCUAAGAUGUUGACUGACAUCUUUGUGGAGAAAAAAGUAAUUUCUUUCUUGGGUUGUGCUGCUCAGGUGUGGUUUUUUGGUCAGUUUGUAGUGACCGAAUGUUUCCUUUUGGCUGCCAUGGCAUAUGAUCGGUAUGUGGCCAUCUGUAAGCCCUUACUGUACACACUCAUUAUGUCUCAGCAACUGUGUAUGCAGUUGGUGGCCGGGCCUUAUGCCAUGGGCCUUAUAAGCACCGUCACUCAUUCAACUUUCACCUUUCUCCUUCCUUACUGUGGCCCAAAUGUCAUCAACCACUUCUUUUGUGAUCUUCUUCCUGUUCUCUCCCUGGCUUGUGCAGAUACCCAGGUCAAUAAGCUUUUACUUUUUAUCUUGGCUGGAGCCCUUGGAGUACUCAGUGGAGUGAUUAUCUUGGUUUCCUACAUUUACAUUGUCAUCACCAUCCUGAGGAUUCGCUCUGCUGAUGGGCGUCACAAAGCCUUCUCCACCUGCUCGUCACACCUGACAGCCGUGUCCAUUCUUUAUGGGACACUUUUCUUCAUCUAUGUACGUCCGAGCUCUAGUUUUUCCUUGGAUAUCAACAAAGUAGUAUCGGUGUUCUACACUUCAGUGAUUCCCAUGUUGAAUCCACUAAUCUAUAGUCUGAGAAACAAGGAGGUCAAAGAUGCAUUCAGAAGGACUUUUGAAAAGAAGAAAUUUCUUGUAAGUUGGUAA